CGGGGAAAUAGGGUGAAGUUGAAGAGAUGAAGAAACAUCACCAUUGUAUUCUGCGCUUUAUGAUUUUAUUUUUCUUGGAUUGCCAAAUACACGCAUUUCUGGAUGAGAAACUGUUGUUGGUAAUUGAUGAAGAAAACGUUCUUGAAGAAAUGAAUUCGUCUUACUCGGCCAUACAACAUGGAGACUCAAAGUCAGAAAUGGUUCCACUGUAUGGAAAAACUGUUUCUCGGAAGACAAGAUCAUUGGGAACAAGACAAAUAAAUCCAGAUCCGACAGGAUAUGAUUCGAACAGCACGAUAAAAUUUCCUACAGCAGACGAUCGAAAUCAGACAAAAAUGGUUUUGGAUAAUUUGAAUCUGACAAGUGAUAUUCUGUACAGAACUCUUCAAAUUGACCACCUAUACUGCCCUAUGUCUACGACUUGUCUACUGAGUCCCCGGCUUCGGUAUCCUGACAUCAUUCCGUACCGGUCUUGCUGUGGCACCUGUAGCUGUGCCAAAGACUGUCACGUUUCUCGCACCUGUUGUGCUGACGCCGACACUGACGUCACGGAGACUAGUUCCAAUGUCGACUGUAUUUUGCCUCAGUAUCUUCCGUAUGAUAAAUCUGAAGUGAAUCAUCACCUAAAUCAAAUAAUAUCAGUGGUGAAGUGUAAAUCUGAGUACACAUGGCUUAAAGAAAGAGAGUUGUGCGAAGAACCAGGAGAGAUGCUUAGUUCCUUGGAUACGUCACUUCCUGUCAUUGCCAACGAUACCGUUUACCGGAACCGGUUUUGCGCCCUUUGUAAUGGCGCGUCCGAGAGUGACAUUCAAUCAUUUGCGGGGCAGCUCGUCUGCCCCGAUGGAAUGGGGGUAUACGCUUACACAAUAUCUGACCUUUUAGAACAACUAGUAAACGAACGACGAUGUAAUAUCCUAUUCCACUUCCCCCAAAACACAUUGGACAAUAUCGUUUUCAAAUCAAGAUGUAAUGUCGGUUUCGUACGAGAAUGCAACGAAACCGGAAAAUGGCGCCAACAUGAUCCUGACAUAGAAAGGGCAUGCAAAUCUUACACACAUAUAUAUCGUGGAAUCUAUAGAAACGUAUUCUGUUAUAUAUGUAACAAUGAGAUUGACCCAUUUAUGAAAUGUAGUUAUGACGAUAUUACCACCUCGGGCGGUUUUGUGAUGGGGGCAUUCACAGCUAUGUUGAGAUUUUCAGAUCGAAUAGACGAAACAGUAGUUGACUCAGAUGAUGCGAGUCGUUGCAAAACAGACGAAAUUAUGGAUUAUUUCCAGAACCAAUGUUUGUCGGUGAAAUGUUCGAGUCCAUUCUCCUUUGACAAAAACAAGAAGACGUGUUCCAAAGUAUUUUUAGACAUAAAGAACAUGUACGAACUGAGUUUACAUGUUACAAUGGACGCCAACAGCAAGCCCGAAUUCUUACUUCCUUAUAUAAAAGACUAUCUACGGCAUGGAAGUUCUGUAUGGGAGAUUCUUUGGAAUCAGGUUUACGAAGUGUCCAUUGUAAAUAUGUCGUCCCCUAUCCAUGCCAUCUACCACCUGAUUUAUUAUGACUACGACUCAAUGAGUAGAAUUGAGUAUGUCUUGAAAAUAGUCGAUUACAUUACAAGUAUGUUCGGAAUGGUCAAUGAUGUUGACAUCCUAACAGAUCGAUUCUACGAAGAUUUCGAUAAUCUGAGUUCUUAUCAUUUCCCUUAUGAUGGGAGACCUCUUCAACAAAAAAUAAGCGCGUUCACUCUCAGUCCUUCGAAGUUCAAUUAUAACGUAAAUAUAAAACGUUUUUCAAAGUUACUUAUAUGCCCAUUUAUAACCUUAGAGAACUAUACCACCUUCUUAAGCAAAACAAAAUACGAUUUGUGUGUUAUCGAAAUCGACGUUUGUUUUCAAGAAUCAGAGUUUCUUAAGGCAAAUGAUUCAUACUUAGUUUGUUUGGAAAAAUUUAUGAAAAGUAUGGAGAAAUUGUCCACACCACGCAUGUUGUCAAGCUAUGACGGCGUAGAAGGCGUCAUGUCUUUGGUCUGUACGUGUAUUUCUGUUGCCAGUCUGUUGUAUGUGGCGGUGACAUUCGCUUUGUUCAAGUCACUUAGGACGUUUCCGGGGAAGCUAAUUCUGGUCCUCUCUCUCAGUCUUAUCAUUGCACAUCUCCUAUACCAGUUUGGUUUAUUCCAAACGGAUCACCGUACGAUAUGCACUGUUCUUGGGAUAAUGAUCCAUUUCUCAUGGCUUUGGGUCAUUUUUUGGAUGAACAUAUCCUGUUUCCACAUGGUGAACGUUUUUACUCGAACGAUGCCUCUCGCCACACACACAAAUUCCAGGUUUUUCUGUUACACUCUCUAUGUUUUCUUUUGUUCUGUUUCGUUUGUCGGCAUCAAUAUUGUUGUCAGUGAAAUACAAGGUAACGGUAUUGGCUAUGGAGACAUCUUUUGCUGGAUAUCGCGUACAGAAAUGGUGAGGUAUGUUUUUGCACUACCGCUGGGAUUGGUAGUCAUUUUCAAUGUUCUGAUGUUUCUAGGUGUUGUCAUAUCUCUCCAAAGAAGACCGAAUUUACAGCAAAGCAAGGACCGUAAUCGCCAGGACUUUGUCAUCUUUGUCAAACUGACCAGCAUCACCGGGGUCUCUUGGGUGUUUGGGUUUUUGUACGAAUGGUUAGGUAUCAAGGUGUUUUCAUACCUAUUUAUCGUGUUGACUGGUUCUCAGGGACUGUACCUGAUGAUAGCCUUCUCUUGCAACUCGCGAGUAAAACGUCUCUAUACGGCUGCAUUCCAAGGAUCUCGGACAAACUCGACUUCCAAAUCGAACUCCUCGUCAUAUCAUGUCACAAAAAUAUCCCGGAAUUCUGCUUGAUACCGAAUAUGACAAUUAUUAAUCUCUCUCUCUCUCUCUCUCUCUCUCUCUCUCUCUCUCUCUCUCUUUCAUGUAAGAAGUAUGCGUAUUUCAUCUGAAAUGAAACUUAUGUGCUAUUAAUUAUUUAUACGUAUUUUUCGGUAAUCAGAUACGACUAUCAUUAUGAUCAUAGAUGCUUGAUAACAGGCCCGCCCCCCAUUCCAUCCCCCACCCCCAGGUAUCUAGACCCCUCGGGAUUUAACUAUUUUUUUCUUUAAAUUAUCCUUUUAUUAUAACCUUAUAUAUAUAUAUAUAUAUACGUCUAUUCCACAAAACGACUUAAAACAGACAUUUUGGAAAAAAAUCGUCUAGAUACUUGGGGGUGAGGGGAUGAAAAAAGGGGGGGGGGGUCGGUCCUGUCCUCAAGCACCUGUGAUUAUGAUAUUUAAAUUCUUUUAAUGUAAUAAAAAUAAAUUUAUGCAUGAAGUUUUGAACCUUUUUAUUUGGCUUGGCGAAUAAGAGCGAAACUUUCGCGAAUAAACGCUUAACUUUCGCGAAUGAACGCGCAUGUGACAUUAAUGUCCAUGUCAAUAUUGUUAUUUCAAACUAGAGCCAUCCAAAACUUAAUUAGGUGUAGCACUUUCCACUUGUAGUUUACUUAUUAUAUAAUUCAAGCAUGGGAAAUGUUCACACCGUUGUUACUUGUAUUUAAAAGAUAUAUUUUACUUAUAUUAUACUUAUAUCAUGCAUUUAGAGGACAAAACUAUGUUCUCUAAAUAUGAAUAAUACCUAGAAAAAGUAUGUGGAUUGAAACUUUUUUCAAAUUCUUAAUUUUUCACAUUUCUCUGAAAUAAAAACGCCACCCUAGACCCUAUCAAUGUCACGACGAUAUCACAUAUAGAACAUUAUUAAACAAUUAUAUCCUUGUAAUUACGAAUGAUAAUUGAUAAAAACUUGUCAUUACACAAAGAGAGUCAUUUCUAUGAAAGCCCAUUAAGCUCAUUUUCGUAGGUACCAAAAAAAAUCGAGAAUAAUAGCGAAACUUAACGCAAAUAAAGGCAAACAUUUCGCGAUAUAACGCAAAACUUUCACGAGUUAACGUGUUACUUUCGCGAAUAAACGCAAAAAUUUCAUGAAUAAACACGAGAAUUUAUAUCAAAUAUUCUCAACGGAUA